AUGGCAUUUGCACAGAAAUUAACACACUGGAUCUGCGCUGUAUCGGCCCUAACUCUACUCUUACCAGCUCUGGCAGCAGACACAGAAGCCUGGAAGUCACGAUCCAUUUAUCAGGCCAUGACAGAUAGCUUUGCACGCACGGAUGGAUCCAAGACUCACGCCUGUAAUAUAACAGCAGGGCUAUACUGCGGCGGAACCUGGAGAGGGAUGAUUGAUCGUCUCGAUCACAUUGAAGACAUGGGCUUCGAUGCUGUGAUGGUAUCCCCAAUCGUUAAGAAGAUCGAGGGUCGUGUCUCGUACGGAGAAGCCUACCAUGGCUACUGGGUUCAGGAUAUGUACGCACUCAACCCGCACUUCGGGUCCAGUGAGGACUUGCUUGACCUGAGCAAGGCGCUUCAUGAUUGUGGCAUAUUUCUCAUGACGGAUACUGUUAUUAAUAGCAUGGCCUAUAUCACCAACGGGACGAGUCCGGAGGGUAAUAUCAACUUUACCAGGUUAAACCCUUUUGAUGACCCCAAAUACUUCCACUCAUACUGCGAGAUUACGGACUAUGAUGACUAUCCUCUUGCUCGAAAGUGCUGGACGGGAGAUGACAUUGUUCCUCUUCCAGAUUUGAAAAUGGAGGAUAAGGUAGUCCAGACUAUGUUGGAGAAGUGGAUCAAGGAGACAAUGGGAAAGACGAGAUUUUUGUCUAAAAAUACUGUUUGA